UGGGUGGACUGGUUUGUCUCUGGCUGUCGUGAUGGGAACCCCGUGGCAUGGUCAACUGCCACAGCUAUGUUUUAUCGUUGAGCUCUCCGGGCCACCGUAUGUAUCUCUCCACGCAUCCUUCGUUGACCGCUCUCUGCUUGCUUCAGUGCAGUGUGCGCCCUGUACUGCUUCUCUUUGACCACUGGAGGUCGACAUUGUUGUAUCAGUAGCUGGCCCUGCAGAGCUCUGGCACAGUUCUCUGGAGGAGGGAGCUGCUCACCAUCGCUGUCACAGGGCGCCAAGUGUUGCAGUCCCGUCCGCAGUCUGCCUCAGCACCGCCCGCAAUGCCCUUGGACACCGCCGCCCCGCACACUCCCGCAGCGCCCUGACUGACUACGUCUCUCACGGAGGUUUCCCUGGAUGUUACUUCAGUGCGCACUGUCCCGAGUCCUCUGCGCUGCGUGACGCGAAUGGAGAAGGUCCAAGGAUAACAAGAGGCUGCAGGGUUUCGCUACUGCAGGAGACCUGCCGGCAGUCUGCUGGCCGGGGAGGGCUGUCUGUCACAGGCUGCGGUCAUCCAUUUAUUCUGAUCAUCUCCAAAACGCCUGUGCAUGGAUACAUCAUGGCUACGUUCAUGUGCAGGGUACAGUUCUUAGAUGAUACUGAUCCAUUCAACAGCACCAAUUUCCCCGAGCCCACCAGACCACCUCUGUACACUUUCAGGGAAGAUAUUCCUCUGAUCAAUCAGAUUGCUGGAGUCCACAGGCUGCUGAAAGCCCCACAGAAGCCUGAUGACUGUGCCCUUCAGCUGUCCCAUAAUGGAAGCUACCUGGACUUGGAGUCUACCCUUGCAGAGCAGAGGGAUGAACUGGAGGGAUUUCAGGAGGAAGGAGGGAGAGGGAAGAAACACAGCAUUAUUCUCCGAACUCAGUUAUCAGUCAGAGUUCACGCCUGCAUCGAAAAACUCUACAACUCAACUGGACGGGAGCUACGAAGAGCCCUCUUCUCACUCAAGCAGAUUUUUCAGGAUGACAAGGACCUGGUGCACGAGUUUGUGGUGGAAGAGGGCCUGACAUGUUUGAUAAAAGUGGGAGCUGAAGCCGACCAGAACUACCAGAAUUACAUCCUCAGGGCUCUCGGUCAGAUAAUGCUGUACGUGGACGGGAUGAACGGCCUAAUAUCUCACAAUGAAACGGUCCAGUGGCUUUACAGCCUGGUCGGAUCCAAGUUCCGUCUGGUGGUGAAGACGGCGCUGAAGCUGCUGCUGGUGUUUGUGGAGUACACUGAGUCUAAUGCUGCGCUGCUCAUCAAGGCUGUGAGCGUUGUGGACGCCAAAAGCGUCACAAAGCUGUGGUCAAACGUUGUGGAGAUCCUCGAUGAGAAAGAUGGAGUUGACACGGAGCUGCUGGUGUAUGCAAUGACACUCAUCAAUAAGACUCUGGCAGGCCUCCCAGACCAGGACUCAUACUAUGACAUGGUGGACUGUCUGGAGGAACAGUGCAUCGAAGCCAUGGCCCAGAGACACCUGAGCAGGAAGGGCACGGACCUCGACCUUAUAGAACAGUUCAACAUCUACGAGACGACAUUGCGCCAUGAGGAUGGUGAUGACGAAGCCCAGCUGCCUCCCAGCGGCCGAAAAGACCGCAGACGGUCCAGUGUUGGCGGCACCAACGAAAGACGCGGCCUUGAGAGAAGACGCAGCCGGAGACAUUCGCUCCAGAACAGCAGAGGCCACGCGUCCGCCCCAGCAUCGCCCAGCAGCCCACACACUCAUGCAAGGGGCUUCCUGCCAUUCGGUGGCCAAGGUGUUGAAGACAUCAGUGAAAGUCUUACAGAUACAAACAGCUCUUCUCCAUCUUACACAGCUAGAAAGCCUUGCUGGGCUGAAAGAAUCAAUGCCAAUGGCACUCCAUACCCCGGCAGGCACCAGGCUCCCGCAUCUGCCGUCCAUCGCUUCUCUAGUUCAGCAACCUCCACACCGGACCCCAAAACCGACAGACCCACUUUAGGGGGCUUGCUAUCUUCAUCGUACCGACAGCAUCAAGAAUCGCUGGCUGCAGAGAGAGAGCGGAGACGCCUGGAAAGAGAAGAGCGUCUGCAGAGAAUUGAAAGAGAGGAGAGGAAUCGCUUCAAUCGAAAUUACGCAGACAAGCUGGAGGAAGUUCGACAAGCCCGAGAAGAAAGGUACAAGGCUGUGGAGAGGUUAGCUGCAGAGGAGUUUGAGCGGGAGCGGCCCAGAGCGCCAACACGCGGACGGACAGAGAUCACGUUGUGUUUGAGUUCCAAUCCCGCCAGCCGUUCAGCAUCCCGCUGUGCCACGCCUUCGUCCAUCAUCUCACAGGAAGACACCGUCACCACUGCACACCAAACGUUAGGAACAGACCACAUCUCAGAGCCAAACCUUGACCCACAGACAAGGAACAAAAGUCCAGCGCCAGAAUUAACAGUAUCGGGACCUCCCCCCACACCUCCCUCCCCCGAGACAGAGAAGCAGCAGACUAAGUCAGAGUCGCCUGCAGAGACGGAGGAUGUUGCUGAGUCUCACCAGAAUGUAGUGGCAGAGCCGGCAUCAGAUGAACAGUCCGGCACGGAGAGAGAGAUGAGACCGGAGAGACCGGAGCAGGAGAAGCCUGAGGAGCAGGAACAGUGCAGGGAUGAGGCAGAGGUGCAAGAGCAGGUAGAAGAAGUGGAGGUAGAAGAAGCAGAGGUAGCAGACGUAACAGAGGUGGGAGAGACGGAUGUGGAGGUGGAUGUGGAGUUAGAGGAGUGUGAGAAGGAGCAGCCGAUGGAAAGGGAUGUAGAAGACAGUGUGCUGCUGAGUGAGAAGGAGAGACAGAAUGAAGAGGUGAAUGAAAAAGACAACUGCUCUGCAUCUAGCAUCUCUUCAACGAGUAGCACUCUGGAGAGGGAGGAGCGGGAGGAGAAGCUCAGUGGUGAUAUUGACGCAGGUCAAUGGACUCAGUGCAUUAAAGACGCAGAUGUGAACGACCAGUGCAACAAAAUUCUCAACAGCAAGCUCUUCAUGCUGGACAUGCUCUACGCUCAGACAGCGCCCAACGUGGAUGAAGAGAAUGUCGGUGAGACAGAGAAAGAGAAAUGUCAGUGCGAGAAGGAGACAGAGGUCAGUGACUCCGCUGUGGCUAGUUUGGCCAGCAGGAUCUCCACCCUGGAGGCUCACAGACAAGCCAGAGAGGAAAAUGUGAAGAAGAUGGAGGUGGGACAUCUAGACAACCAGGGCAGUGUCCGAGCAGUGGCAGAGAAGUUUGGAGAUUUGGUCAAAGGCUUGACAUUUCCUGAGGUGGAGGCCUCAAAAGAGCAGCAGCAGCAGCAGACGGACAAAUCCUCAUCAACCGCUGCUUCAUCUGCUUUACCUCCAAAGAAAGAGUCGGAUUAUAUCUGGGAUCAGCUGAUGGCAUCUCCCAGGGAGCUGCGGAUCAAAGAAAUUGACUUCACGGACCUGAGGGAGGAGGACGACCUGGACAUUUUAGAUAUGGACAGUAUGAUGGGGUCAAGUGACCUGAUACCACCACCUCCCCCUCCUCUGUGCAACGCUGCCCUGCCACCACCCCCACCACUGUUUGGGUGCCCACCGCCUCCCCCUAUGCUUGGCAAAAUGAUGCCGCCACCCCCACCGUUCAUGAUCCCUAUCCCUCCACCCUCCCCUCAGCUCAGUCGAGGGGAGGUGCCUCUCUUCCAGAAGAAGAAGAAGACAAUCCGUCUCUUCUGGAACGAGGUGCGUCCUGUGGACUGGCAGUGUAAAAGCCAUAAAUUCUGUAAGGAGUCCCUCUGGUCCAAACUGGAGCCAAUUAAACUGGACACGUCCAAACUGGAGCAGCUGUUUGAGUCUAAAUCCAAGGAGCUGCCUGUCACGAAGAAAGCAGCUGUUGAUGGCAAACGACAAGAAAUCAUCGUCCUGGAUUCAAAAAGGAGCAACGCCAUAAACAUAGGCCUGACCGUCUUACCUCCUCCCCGCACCAUCAAGACUGCCAUCCUCAACUUUGAUGAGUACGCACUAAACAAGGAGGGAAUUGAGAAAAUCCUGACAAUGAUCCCCACAGAGGAGGAGAAGCAAAGGAUCCAGGAGGCUCAGCUGGUCAACCCUGAUAUUCCCCUGGGCAGCGCUGAGCAGUUCCUGCUCACCCUCUCCUCCAUCACAGAGCUGUCUGCUCGCCUGCAGCUGUGGGCAUUCAAGAUGGAUUAUGAGCUUAUAGAGAAGGAAGUGGCCGAGCCUCUACAGGACCUGAAGGAAGGGAUGGACCAGUUAGAGAAAAACAGGACACUCCGCUACAUCUUGACCACACUGCUGGCCAUCGGCAAUUUCCUCAACGGCACCAGUGCUAAAGGUUUUGAGCUGAGCUACUUGGAGAAAGUCCCGGAGGUGAAGGACACGGUUCACAAACAGUCUCUGCUGCACCAUGCCUGCGCCAUCGUGGUGGAGAAGUUUCCCGACAGCACUGAUCUCUACUCGGAGAUAGGAGCCAUCACCCGCUUGACAAAGGUGGACUCUGACCAGCUUCAAGACAACCUAAACCAGAUGGAGCGAAGGUGCAAAGCAUCAUGGGAUCACCUCAAGGUCAUUGCAAAACAUGAGAUGAAACCAGCGUUGAAACAAAAAAUGUCCGACUUCCUCAAAGACUGCGCAGAGAGAAUUAUCAUCCUGAAGAUUGUGCACCGGAGAAUCAUCAACAGGUUUCAUGCCUUCCUGCUGUUCCUGGGCCAUCCAAUAUAUGCGGUACGUGAGGUCAGCAUUCAUCGUUUUAGCAAAAUCCUGAGCGAGUUUGCCCUGGAGUAUCGCACAACAAGAGAACGUGUGCUGCAGCAGAAACAGAAGAGGGCAAACCACCGAGAGAGGAACAAGACCAGGGGGAAAAUGAUAACAGAUAGUGAGGAUGACGAUGAUAGUGAGAGUGGUAAAUUUGGCAGUUCCCCGUCAGAUGCACAGGAGAUCCAACCUCAGGGGAUCCAGUGCGCUGAAGACGCAGCCGAACAUGAGAACAUGAAGGCCGUGCUGAAGAGCAGCCUGUCUGACGGAGGGAGUGGGACGUCCACUGUGCCGGGCCUCCGCACACGCACCAGAGCAGCCAGCGUCAGAGGGCGUGUUCCCCCAUGGUGCUCUGCCAGUGAUGACCCAGUCAACUGCACAGACGACACUGCUGAUGAGAUCAUGGAGAGGAUUGUCAGGUCAGCCACUCAGGGGCCCAGCCAGCGGACGCAACCUCGAGAGAGGAGACGAUCCCGCGCCAACCGAAAAUCACUGAGACGGACACUGAAGAACGGUUUGACGACGGAGGAGGCCAGCGCUCUGGGCUUGUCCAGUGGUUCGGAGAUGCAGGCUUGACGCAAGUGCUUCCUGAGGAGAGAGGAUAGAAGGCUGAACCAAGAUUUUAUUCACAAGCCAGCAGGGCGGAGGGAGCAAAAACAGAGUGCCGCAUUCAAACCACCGAGCUUUGCUGCUGCUGGAUAAACAUCGUCGAUCUGCACUCACAAGGCCUAAUCACCAUCACCCUUCGAACGUGACAUCGCUCACAAACACCCGCGCUUAAAGUGUAUUUUUUGAGGACAAGGUUGUGAAAAGAGCUGGCAGGGCGUGAGCUUCAAUCUCCGUGGCCUUGACUGAAUCAAGACGGCUGAGAGUGUGGUGCAGACUCUUCACUGACUCGGGUUUAGUGUCGGUCCCGCAGCUUUAGCAUCAAAAUGAAUCAAAAGACGUUUUCAUCUAUUGAAUAGAUGGAUUUGUGCAGAGCUAUUCUGUUAUAUACUACUGUGGUAGUUUUGUGUUUCUGUUCCAUGUUGCUCAAGAAGGUGCUCAAAUAAGAAACAAAUUGCACUGGAUGCGAAAGUAUCAAUGGAAUGUGAAAUCCCUUGACACUGAUGAACCACUCUGACAUCUGAAUCUGAAAAUACACUCAACAAUUUACCAGCAAUUUAACAGUAGCACAGUUUUUAAUCAAAUCAAUCAACGUCGACAGGUUCAAGGCAUGCGUGUAUUAGUUCACCGGCUGAGAAGGAAUUUACCGGAGAGACGAUCCAAGUUCUCUUUGAGGAGAAAGAGACAUCUCAGACUAAUGCUCGUCUCAAACAUAUUUAGUUAUGUGUCAUCACGUGACCUUCUCUCACUGACGGUUGGGGACAGGUUGAGUUUGGGGCACAAUGUUACAGGUGAGCAACAUUCAUAAGUUAUGUCAUUUUAUUUUCUAGAAACUAUGAGCUGCACAUUUCAGAGUGCCUUUCAGAGACCGUUAUUUAUUAAGAUGUUUUCAGGGAAAUAAAAAAAUAAAAAAAUCAAGGAGAUGUUACUACAAAUGUGCAGUCUGUGAGGGGUGAGACCAUCAUGUUGCAAUCAUCACCAUGAGCUGUGAUUUAUUUUUAAACCAGUGUUUUUAAAACUUGUCCUGACAAGAAUUUCAGUUCUUCUUUUAAUUUCCAUGUUAUCUCUUGGAUCAAAUAGUUUUGUUAUGAAGAUAGCUUUAACGUAUUUAUGACAACUUAGGGUUGGUUAUGCACAUUAGCUGUAUCCUGUGGCCUUACUGUAGAAUAUGGGCGUGUGUUGUUCCAUUCUAGUCGACAUCUAGGUACAAAUGUAACAGUUAAAAAAAAAUAGAUCAGGCCCAAUUAACAUGUAGUUCACUGGAAAUCUCAGUUUGUCAUGUAGAGUAUUCUUUCAUUAUUUAACUAUGAAUGUGAACAUCAGGGGUUACAUGAUAAUCAGUAAUAUGGGCGCACAGUAAAAUCUAAUUUAUCUACGUUAAAACGUGUAUAGAAGUGAAUAAGGAGCCUGCAGUUCUAACUUUUCAUUAUGUGUUUGAACUGGCAAUGUGCUUUUAAUUUGGAAUGGCCUUGGUUACACUAUAACAUGUUUCCUUAAACUCAAUAUCAUGGCUUGUAAUUUGCAAAGUUAACUCAUCCACUCGCAGAUUUUUGUGAUGGAAACAUAGCCAUUUAGAGGAAACUAGCGCAACACCAUGCUAAAGCUACAAGAGAAAAAAGAAACACACCAGCAGUACGUUGUUUUUGUUUCAUUUAGAUUUUACUGAAAACUAUUCAGCACCUUAGACUCAAUGUGUAGCAUGCAAAGUAGACCUGAAGUUACGAGGGAAGGGCUCAUUGUUUUCCCAGAUUGUACUGACGUUUGUCAAAAACGAGAAAUAAUAGAUGUGUAAAGUAAUAAAGGGCAAUGCUGUAAAAUGAUGUACAUGUCAUGGCGAUGUCUUUAUGUUCUUGUGGGUUUUUUUUGCUCCAUGUGUAGAAUAGUGUAUUAUAGACUAAAAGCAGUAUUAUUCUAAAUAUAAUUUAAGGUGGUUUAAAAAGGUGUCACUUCUGCUUGAAACAAAGGGAGGUUCACUGUGGUCGUUGGAGCUGUAGGGUUUGUGUGAGUGUUGAUGAAAACUUUUUACUUCAUGGACUGAUUUUAAAUUUACCAGCUACUCCUGUGGAAUCCCUUAGAAGCCUUUAGAUUUCAUUGCACCCAUCGUUUUUGUUCUUUUCAUUUAACGUUCGCUAACCACACACUCACACGUCGCUGCCUGUGCCAUAACAUCACUGUGGAACUUGGGACACGAGCACUACACAAACAAGGCUUCUGUUGCAUCUCUGUGCCCACAGCAAAAACUAUGUAACAACUACAAUAAAAAGGCUCAUUAAAAUGUCUUGAUUGUU